GCGGUUUCCAGCAAAUAAACGCUCAAGUUGAUAUGUGGGGUAAACAUUGAUUGAAAAUCUGCAAUCUUAUCGUCAAGUACUUUUUUUUGCUCUCCAGAAGUAUGCGUACCAAUAUGGAGAUUUAGGCCAGCCGGUGAAAUGAUUUCACUGAAAGCGAUUUUAUCCGUUUUUACUGCCUUCUUGUGUGUAUUCGAUCUUGCCUUAUCAAAUGCAGAAAACGAUGAAGUGAAGAAAAGAUCUAUAACAAACAAUGAAGUGGACCUUGUCGUUAUCGGAGCAACAUCUAAAGAAAAAAUAUACUCGGAUAUGACUUAUUCUAGCUCACAGCAGCGCAGCGAAAUUCAGUAUUUGACGGGAUCUGCGAUUAUAGAGUCUCCGGGAUUUUCUAGUGUUGGGUAUCCCAACAAUGCCGAUUGUCAAUGGAGAAUCCAAGCAGACAGUGGAUACGGCGCUUUGCGAUUUGGGAUCCAUUAUUUCAGACUUGAGUACUUUAACGAUUGGGUGAGAAUUUACAAUGGAUUUGGAACCGAUUCUUCACAACUCAUUGCAAAGUUUACAGGUUAUUUAUUCUACCUCGAUAUUCCAACGUCUUCUUACGCAACAAUGCACUUUCAGUCUAACUCUGGUGUAACUGAUCAAGGAUUUUUGAUUUAUGUGUAUUCAACAAAUGAGUACACACAAUCUGAUACAACAGCCUCACCUGUUACCACGCAACCCAUGUCCAAUAGUACAUGCGGGAAAAGCUCUUUAUCUGGUUUCUAUGGAUAUAUUUCAUCACCAGGUUACCCGUCGUAUUACUAUGGAAACGAUCUUGAAUGCCAAUGGUCUGUAGAAACACCUUUCGGUACUUUUAUUCGAAUGAGUAUACAAUCGUUCUCGUUGGGAAGUGGUGAUUAUUUGUACGUUUACGACGGGGAUUCUGAAAACAAUAAAAUCAUAGCAGAUCUAGAGGGAUAUGUUCCAUACAAUAACACUAUCGUUACUUCGUCAAAUUUUGCCUUUCUUCGUUUCACAACUAAUUCGUACUCAGUGGCAAACGGUUUUAAUAUUCGAUACGAUGCAGAGUUUUAUAUACCGCCAGACAAACUGCCAUCUCAAUCGAUUAGCUGUGGGGGCACCUUAUACGAAAACAAUGGCACAAUUAUUUCGCCAAAUUAUCCGGAAAAUUAUCAAAAUAACGUUGACUGCAUCUGGAUCAUUCAUGUUCCUUCCUGGUAUAAUAUUGUUCUCGAAGUAGACUACUUUUACACAGAAGAUGACUUUGACUACGUAUUCAUGUAUGAUGGUACACCGGAUCAAACAGGACCACAGCUGGCUCAUCUGACGGGAUUUUAUGAAAACUUCAAUGCUCAAAUUCAGUCCAGUAACAACAGCGCUUAUAUUAUUUUCCAUAGUGACAAGUUUAUUACAGCACCGGGUUUCAAAAUACAGUAUACGGCAGUGUAUUACGGCACCAGCACGGCAGCAACACCAACAGAAACAACUCCAAUGAAAACAACUACUCCGUGGUGGCUUAGAACAACCGAUGAAGCUGGUCACGAUAAAAAUGAUGUAAUUUCUAACAUUAUUAGAAGACUUUGGGAACGUAUAAAAAACAAACCAAUAAAGAAACGCCCACAAGAGACGAUGCAGAAACCCUAAAGAAACGACCUAAUGUUGGCGAUGUUCAACAAUCUGUUUAGUGGAUUGUAGAUUUUGAUCAAAUUUUGUGCUUUAAUGUUUAUUUUGUAAUUGAACAAUGUGUUUUAUCAUUUUUAAUAUUUUGACAUAUAACUUUUAGGUCGAGGUAAUCAAUAUUUUGUGAACAAUUCUCAACUAUACGAAGGUUAUGUGAUAACCAACAGUGCUUCCAAAUAUCAUAUAAAUUGCUGCAUCGGGCUAAAAUAAUGCAGCAAAAUUUUGGGUAAAAUAACAGAAAUAUAUAAUUAUGUGGGACCUCCAGAA